AUGGAGUUCAAGACAAGGUCUUUGAUGACCUCUAUAUCCAAAAUGUGCACACGGUCUAUCCAUCACUACAACCCACCCAGCAAAUACCCCAAAGUCAAUGUCAAAGAUGUUGAAUUGAACCCACCUAAAUACGGAUUCCGUAAAGUGCUAAAACCAACUCUUGCACAAUCUCCAACAAAGACCUUGUUUCCUAGUGCAGAGAUUGCUAAAUUAUAUGUGGAAAACGGUAAACCCAUCCCCAAUAGAUUUGUGAGUCGCAUCGAUUCCGAGACUGCACGCCAAAAUUUCGAAGAAUUCCAAGAGAAGUUAGCAAUGGACGAACCACACUUUAAGAUUGGUAAGAAGCAAGUGUUUUUACCAGGUGGUAGAAUCUGUUUAUUGAGAAACAACGCUAAGCAUACUCCAUAUCAGGCUAAAUUUCUUGUGCCUAAAAAGAUGAACAAGUUGGACUUGAGAGAUUACCUAUGGCAUGUGUAUGGAUUAAGAGCUUUGAAUAUCACUGUGCAAUUACAACCAGCAAAAUGGGUGAGGAAUCAUAGGGAUUUGGCCAGACACAGAGUCCCACAGAUGAAAAAGAUGACCAUCGAUAUGGCUGAACCUUUUGUGUGGCCUGAAGUGUCAAAGACGCUCUUGGAUAAAUUGGAGAGUGAGAAGAACAAUAUGGAAGAGUUGGUGAUGCGCGGAUAUGCUCAAGGCUCAGACAAAAAGAAACCUAUUGAUUCAUACGACGGAAUGUUUAAAGAGAACGAUAAGGUGGAAAGAUUUAUUCCUAAAUCAUUUGCCAAGUCGAGUGUCAAGGCGAUGAAGCAAAUUGGUGGACACCUCAAGUCUGCUGACACGAGAGCACAAGUGUCGAAUUUCUUGAAAUUAUAA